GCGGAUUCCCCUGGAAGACGUCCCCGAGGAUGAGGCCGAGUGUACCGCCUGGCUGCACAAACUCUACCAGGAGAAGGAUUCCUUCCAGGAGGAGUACCACCGGAGGGGCAUCUUCCCAGAGACCCCCAUGGUGCCCCCACGGAGGCCCUGGACGCUGCUCAACUGGCUCUUUUGGGCCUCGCUGCUGCUGUACCCCUUCUUCCGCUUCCUGGUCAACAUGGUCAGCAGUGGGUCCUCCCUGACGCUGGCCAGCUUUGUCCUCGUCUUCUUCAUGGCAUCCAUGGGCGUGCGGUGGAUGAUUGGUGUGACAGAAAUCGACAAGGGCUCUGCAUACGGCAACGCCAACAGCAAGCCCAAACCGUGA